ACGCUUGGGAAAGCACACAGAACAGUUCUUUGGGGAGUUUUUGUUGUUGUUCUUUUAUUAUUUAUUCUCAGCAUAGCUCGAGAGAGGGAGAGGAAGCGCGCGCGCGUGUGUGUGUGUUCUCUGUGUGUUUACGUAUGUCGCACACACGUACACAUUUUCUGUCUAGCCUGUUGUUUGUUCCUCAUCCUCACAGAGAUUGGUUCUCACUCUCGCUUCUUCUCGUGUCUCUAGUGAAACGAGCCAGUUUAGUUGAUGUUCGGGCACCAAGCGGAUUCUUACUCGAGUAAAGGGUGGAAGAGAAAGAAGCAGGCUAAUAUCCUUGGGAUAUAAAACACACAAACACACACUCACAUACAGUGAUACACACACACACACACAUAUAUAUAUUCAUAUAUAAAUCCAAUAAACAAUUUGUUGAGUUCGAUACAUCAGUGUCACCUUGAGGCGAAAAGAGCAUCAAUAGCUUUAACUUGUGUUAAAAGAAGACAACAAACAAAAGUAAAGCAAAUCGAAGUUUUUUUUUUUUUUUGUGUUUUCAUUUAAUACUUUCCGCCGUUGGAAUUAUAUCAAUCGUGGAUUUUGUGGGUGUGAAGCAUAAGACAUAUUCUAGGGUCACAAGAGGAGUUUAAAAUGAGUGCCGUUGACGUUAUGUACCACCAGCCGUACUCUAGUAAUUUGGCCUAUUAUCCACGAACUCCAAUCGAACAGAUGUUGUCGACAACUAUGAAUUCAAGGAAAAACUAAUAGAACUGCUUUUGGUCUCACUAAACUACACGAACCCAUGAAUCUUGGUUGCUAUUCUGCACCCGGCAAUUCAAUACUUAGCGUACCAGUCACAUCAUCACCGCCUCAUAAUUUGCAUCUUCAUCAGUCGGAACAACAAGUGCAACCACAAACUCAUCCAAACCAACAUCUGAUUCCAGAGUCUGCUACAUCAACACCGCCCCAUGUAAAUAAUUCCAUUGACAGAAGUUGCAACAGCAGCAGUAGCAGCAGCAGUCUUGAAGGAAAUGCCAUAAAAGAAGAAAACAAUUCGGAUAAGGGAACCGUACCAAAAGAAACGGUUUACCUGGCAUCAAACAGCAUGGUACACAAUUAUUUCUCUGGGGAUUCUAAUCGACUCGUGGAUGAACAUUUUUUAAGGGCACUCAGCCAUUAUCCGGGCUAUUCGAGCACAUCUUCUCAUGGUUCUUCAAUGUCACCCUCAGACAGAAACAAAAUAAGCCCCUUCAAUAAAGAUUCCCUUUCAAUGUCACAACGAAACUUCCCUCCUUCAUUUUGGAAUCCAUCUUAUCAUCAAAAUAACAAUUUAGAAUCUGCAGCAGCUUACUUGGAAUCGAACGCACUUUCAUUUAACCCAGCCUCUCCAUAUUUCUCCUCAGCAACUCUACACGGUAUUUCAAGCCUUCACCAAGCAGCAACAGCUGCUGCUGUUGCUGCUGCGGACCCUUGGCACUAUUCGUUAUCUCCGCACGCACAAAGUACAUACAGACCUACCCCGACAACUGCCCACGUUCACUACGACCUCUCAUACUCGUCAAUGGCCGCCGCAGCCGCUUCUAGUCGUUUUGCCAGUAGUCAUGGACAAUACGGUUCUUUAUUGAUGCCACACCAUCCAGUCCCUUCAUCACAACCUCCAACGGCAGCAGCAAUGCGAUCGGCAGGAAGCUACAGUUCCAUGCAUAGUCAAGCCUGUGAUAUUAGUGGGAAAUCAGCCGCAGAUUUACCAACGACAGCCAGACGAUUCGCAGAUUAUCCUUCACAUUCCAGUAUCGAAGCUGGAUUAGCAGGUGUUGAAAAUCCUGUUUCAGAUACAGGCAAAGAUAUGUACUGGUAUUAACAGAAAGUGACAAAACAAAGUAUAAUAGACAUAAAUAUAUAAAUAUAAAUAUAUGAUAAUCCAAAUUUACCAAAGAAAAAAGAAAAAAAUUCCUCGAAAGUAUUAAAUGAAAAUUCUGAAUGCAUCUCUUCGAGCCAACAAACUUUAUUCAGAGAAAACUGAAACCAAAUAAUUCUUGAAAGAAUUUUUCACAAGGGCAUCAAUGAAUUUCAUAUUUUCUUAUGAACAAAACAAAACAAAGACUAAUAAAUAAAGACAAAACAUAAAUGACAUUUGUUGGUUCCUUCCGGAAAGAAACACGAAUGGAACUAAAGAAGGUGAUAGCUCAGGUUUAUAGUUAUUAAUGUGAAGUGGAUUCCCAUAUUGUUUUCUGUAAUAGAAGAAUAAGAAAAAGCUACCUGCUGACAAGAAAAGUCUAUCGGCACUCGUUGAAAAAUAUUCCUUGCUAUACUUCUAAAUGCUUGUAUCUGUGUUUCAAUGGGCUUUCUCACACUUUGUGUCGCGCUGAAUCUCUCUGAGAAAUAUGUACACGUGUCUGUGGAGUUCUCAGCCACUUACUUGUUAAUUUCACGAGUAGGCUGUUCCGUUGAUCGGAUCAACUGGAACCCUCGUCGUCGUAACCGACGGAGUGCCACGACAUACCUCUGUGUGUGUGUGUGCCUUUGCUUCUAUGCUUGUACUGUUGGUUUGUUGACGUCCCUGUAACUUAGCAAUUCGGCAAAAGGAGAUCAGAUAGAAUAAAUACCAGGAUUAAAAAUAAUAAGUACUGGCUUCGAUUCAUUCGACUAACAAUUCUUGAAGGUGGUGCCCCAGCUUGGUCGCUGUCUAAUGAGUGAAACGAGUAAAAGAUAAAAAGUAAAAGUAAGAUAUUUACAAAGAAAAAAGAAUGUAUGUUCUGAAUGUAUGGAAGAUAAAAUGUUCCUUUCUUAUAUCUUCGGAGAAUACCCCUGCAAUGUCCCCGAUUGACAUCAGUUUAAUAUUUAUCUUCCCCGUCAGAUACCAUAUUUCUCACUUAUAAGGGAGAAAUAUUUAUUUGUGGCUGUGUCGUUCCGGGUUCAGUCCCACUGCAUGGCACCUUAGGCCAGUGUCGAAAACUGAAAGAAGCCUGUCGUAUAUAUAUAUAUAUAUAUAUGUGUGUGUGUGUGUGUGUGUGUUUGUGUGUCUGUGUUUGUCCCCCACUCCCAUCAUCGCUUGACAACCGAUAUUGGUGUGUUUACGUCCCCGUAACUUAGCGGUUCGGUAAAAGUGACCGAUAGGAUAAGUACUAGGCUCGCAAAGAAUAAGUCCUGGGGUCGAUUUGCUCGACUAAAAGGCGGUGCCCCAGCAUGGCCACAGCCAAAUGAUUGAAGCAAAUAAAAGAAUAACAGAAUAAAAGAAUAACAGAAUAAAAGAAUAACAGAAUAAAAGAAUAAAUUCGUAUCUUCAAAACGAACCUCUAGCAAUACGUGAUCGCAUGUUCGCUAGAAAGAGAAAGAAGAAAAAGAUCUCUUUCUUUUUAAAACAAAGCGAAUAGGAAUGAAAUCUUGAACAUGAAGCUACGCCUUUAUUAUAAAUUGGUUCUUUGUAGACUGAAGUUCGUUGGAAAUUUCUCAAAACUUUCCAACUUAUUUUAUUCGUCCAACUUAAUCAUACAGAACGUAAUGAAUGUUGCCACCUCUCUAGAAAACAUUUAUUUAUUCACUCAUCAAAUCACUUCACUCGGUGUUACUUAUUUUUUACCUCGUUCAUAUUUUAUCUAUUUAUUUAUUUAAUACUCUUGCAAUGACUUUAUUUAUUUAUUUUGUAAUAAUACUCGUUUAACGUACCAAUUUAAACUAAAAACAAGAACCAGGUAUAUUUGUGCAAGAAUGUGUCUAUUUAUAUAUAAGGAUUUUAAUUAGAAUUCGGCAAUUAUUUUGGCAAGUUCCUGAGAUUUACGAUAACUACGUCGGUUGUAAAAAAGCUAUAAACAUCCAUCAGAAGAAAGAAAAAGACAAAAAAAGCAUCUUAUUUAUAGAAAACAAUCAGCUUUUUUCAUUCUCUUGCUACCUUACCUCUGCAUUGUAUUUAAACAAAGAGCAGGUUUUUUUUUUCCAGAAUUCGAAACUGUGCGGUAAGAUUAAUAGCUUCACGACCAAUUGAAACAAUUUAAUUUCGGAUGUUAAUUAUAUUUUAUCGAUAAUAGGAAAAUCUUGAAUAGCCACACACACACACACACACACACACACAUAUAUAUAUAUGCUGUGAAACAGAAUUGAUUGCAGCUGCAAAGAAAAUAAACACUGUUUGUUGUACAUACAUAUCGAUACAUCAGUUUUACUCUUUUGUGGAGUUUCAUCGAAGCAAAUAUCUAUCUAUCUCUCUCUCUCUCUCUCUCUCUCUCUCUCUCUCUCUCUCUCUCUCUAUCUAUCUAUCUACCAAUAUAUAUAUA